GGGAUUAAAAAGAGAGAGGGAGAGAAGGAAAGAAGGGGGGAGAAGGAAAGAGUGUAGUAGAAAAACUGGCCGGAGGCCCUCUGCAAAUCCCGAGGUGUCAUUGCAUAGAGGGAAAGAGAGCAAGAGCUGCUCAGCAGCAGCAGCUGCCUGAAACUGGAUUUCUUAUUUAUUUAUUUCCCCCCCGCCCCAAGCGGGAGGGAGAGUUCAAGCUGAAGCUGAUGGCAGGGAGGAAAAGGUUGCUGCUGCACGGAGGGCUGUGCAUUUCUGGGACGAAAUUAAGGGCUGAGAGGAGCCGCUGCUGAUCUCCUAGCAAUGUGCCAACGCGGAGGGGAGGGGAUCUGACAUGUGGUGGAAGAAGACGGGAGCCCGAGCGCCGCUGUGCAGGAGGGGAUCCAACUUGUAGAUCUGAAGCAGACCAGGCUCAGAUCGUAAAAGGAGGCUGGAGCGGCUGCGAAAGCCAGAGGGAACGAGAGGCGCAGAAUACCCCCCGCCCCCAAUCCUGUUCCCAUUCUCCCCCCAUCAUCACCACCACCCCCCUCCACUUUAUAUGUAUAUUUAAGGGUUAUUCCCCCCCCCCUUAAUCCCUUCCUGAUCCAAAGAACAAGUUUAUCAGUAUCCGCGCUCCUGAAGGCUCCCUGCAAAGAUGGAGAGGAAGCCAAAAUGAAGAGGAGGGGGAAGCCCCCGGGCUGGUGAAAUUCACAGCGAACCGAGAGCGGUGUGCCCCAUCCGGGAGAGUGAGCAUCGGGAGGAUUCGGGAAGACCAAAAAAAAAAAAAAAAAAAAGCAAGAAUUGCGGGGAGCAAAUGGAGAGGGGUAUUAAAGCCACCCACUCCAAGUGUUUAAAAAAUGAUGGAUUGGUUCUUGACAGCUGGUGGGAAUCUUGAUUUUUUUCCCCUCCCCUUUCCCCCUCCUCUCUCCGCCACCCCAGCUUGCCGCCGCCACCGCCACCAUCAGCAUCUCUUUGCAUCUGAUGUGAGGUUCUGAAAAAUGCAGAGGAGUUGGAGGGAAGGCAAAAGGAUAUAACGUGGAGUUUGGCGAAGAGAAGACGGCGGCGCUUCGGAUUGCUGGCUGAAAUCAAAAAUCCGAUUGCGCACUGGGUUGUGAUUGGAAAUCUAAUCAGAUCCUUGAAUCGGAGCGGGGGGGGGAGUGGAAGCGCUGCGGGGGGAGUCCGAAAGUUGGUGGUUCGGGGAAAAUAAUUCCAACCGUGAAAGGCAACACCUUGUUGGAGGGAGGAGGGCGGGGGGAGAGAAGAGGCUAGAGACUAUGGGAACCCCCGAUCUAACGGGGAAGCACAUGGAAUGGAUAACUGAUAGUGCAGCAGCAGAGAAAGGAGAGAAUCGCCUGGCAAGAGCUGGAUCUUAGCAGACAUAACAACAAUUGCACUUAAGAAAUCCUGUCGUUUCAGACAGACGGGCUGGCGGUGGCGGUGGUUGGAAAAAUAAUAAUAAUAAUAAGCAAACCCCUUGAUUCCCUCUGGGGGGAAUUCAAAGGCGGUUAAGCAUUGCAGAGCGGGGUAGAGAAUCCACAGCAUCUCCCGAGAAGAUCCAGGCUGGAAUGAAAAGUUUCUCAACGGAGAAAGACUCUCUCCUUGCAGUGCUGCUGGGGGAUUUGUCCUUUUUAAUCUGUUCUUCUUCGUCGUCUUCAAAGCUCUCCCCUUUGGCCUCAAUGAAGAAAGAAGGUGAUACAUCCAGGAACGUUUGAAGAAGCAGCUACGUCCUUUAAAUCGGUAAAGACCAAAGGCAAGGAGAAAUAAGUACCACGUAGAGGUGGGGGGGGGAGUAGGGGGAAACCGACAGGAUUGGUGUGGAUUGGAUUGGAGCCCGUCUGGAAUGAACUAGAUGGAAAAUUGCAGAUGGAUAUUUAAUUUCCUUUCCUUUUUUCCCGCCGGACAAAUUGGAUUUGUUGCUGAAAUGAUGUAGUUUUGCCUUCGAGAAAAUUUCUUUUUCUUGUUUUUUUGCCCUCGCCUUGGAAUUUCGUUCUGGAUAUUCUUCUUCUGAGCGGUUUGAAAUACAAACCUUUACAGGGAUUCUACCGAAGGACACCCACCCACCCGAAAUCUCAACUUCACUGGCGCUGUAAUUAGAAGCACUAAAUGCAGGUUCACGCUGAGGGCACAUCAGGAGAACAAAUAAUUAGUGGAUAAUUGGAGAGAGUUCCAAUGCAACUCCCUACAUUGAGAAACCAAACAACUAUUCAGCAUUCACAGAGGCAAGAAUGUACCCCCUACCAGUGCCAUGAAGACCACAAAUGAGCCUUCAGGGGCAGUGGCUGCUGAAUAAUGGGAAACCAGCUGUUCCUGUGUGGAGUUGCCAUCCUUUACUACUUGGGUUCCCAUGCUUCUCAGAAAUGUAUUGCAGACAGGGAUCAUAACAGGUGCAGCAGUGCCCAGUAUGGGAUGCCGAAAGCCAGACCUGUUAUCCUGCUUUCUGUCAUGCAGCUGUCAGAGGUUGAUACUAUGAAGAAAGACUGGCAGUUUGUAACAAGAGAGUUGGCUUCAAUCUUACUAGCCUCAAGAAAGAAUUCUUUUUUGUGUGGGAUCCAAGCGGAUAGUGUGACCUCCAGAUUGCCUGCUUUAUUGGCCAGAAAGUGAGGACAGAAGAUGGACUAAGUAUUCUGAUUAUUGAAACUCCUGAAGGACCAACACCAAAUAAAUUAUGAAUGUUGAACAAGAUGACCUUACAUCCACAGCAGAUAAUGAUAGGUCCUAGGUUUAACAGGGCCCUAUUUGACCCCUUGCUUGUGGUGCUGCUGGCUCUUCAACUUCUCGUGGUGGCUGGUUUGGUUAGAGCUCAAACUUGCCCUUCUGUCUGUUCCUGCAGCAAUCAGUUCACCAAAGUAAUUUGUGUGAGGAAGAAUCUGAGAGAGGUCCCUGAUGCCAUCUCCACCAAUACACGGUUAUUGAAUCUCCAUGAGAACCAGAUCCAAAUAAUUAAAGUGAAUAGCUUCAAACACUUGAGGCAUCUAGAAGUCUUGCAGCUGAGCAGGAAUCACAUUAGAACAAUUGAAAUAGGGGCCUUCAAUGGUCUGGCUAAUCUCAACACUUUGGAACUCUUUGACAAUCGUCUUAGCACCAUUCCUAAUGGAGCUUUUGGGUACUUGUCAAAACUGAAGGAGCUCUGGUUGCGAAACAACCCCAUUGAAAGUAUCCCUUCUUAUGCGUUUAACAGAAUCCCCUCCCUGCGAAGGUUGGAUUUGGGGGAAUUAAAAAGGCUUUCAUAUAUCUCAGAAGGUGCCUUUGAAGGCCUGUCCAAUUUGAGGUAUUUGAACCUUGCUAUGUGCAACCUUCGAGAGAUCCCUAACCUCACACCACUUGUGAAAUUGGAUGAGCUAGAUCUUUCUGGGAACCACUUAACUGCUAUCAAGCCAGGGUCCUUUCAAGGAUUAAUGCACCUUCAAAAACUGUGGCUGAUCCAAUCCCAGAUUCAAGUGAUUGAAAGGAAUGCCUUUGAUAACCUCCAGUCACUAGUAGAGAUCAACCUGGCCCACAACAAUCUAACACUACUGCCUCAUGACCUUUUCACACCUCUCCGUCUAGAAAGAAUCCACCUGCAUCACAACCCUUGGAACUGCAACUGUGACAUCUUGUGGCUCAGCUGGUGGAUUAAAGAUAAAGCACCCUCCAACACUGCAUGCUGUGCCCGUUGCAACACUCCUCCUAGCUUGAAAGGAAGGUACAUCGGUGAGCUGGACCUGAAUUACUUCACGUGCUACGCUCCUGUGAUUGUGGAGCCACCAACAGACCUCAACGUCACUGAAGGCAUGGCUGCGGAGCUGAAAUGUCGAGCAUCAACAUCUCUGACCUCUAUAUCUUGGAUUACUCCAAAUGGGUCUGUAAUAACACAUGGGGCUUAUAGGGUUCGGAUUUCUGUGCUCAGUGAUGGCACAUUAAAUUUUACGAGGGUGACCGUACAAGACACAGGCUUGUAUACAUGCUUGGUGAGUAACUCUGUUGGGAAUACCACAGCUUCUGCAACACUCAAUGUAACCGCACAGGAGUGUAUUACUUAUUUUUCAACCAUCACAGUAGAAACUGUGGAACCUUCUCAGGAUGAGCCGCGGACCACAGAGCAGGUUUGGCCCACACCAGUCACUGAAUGGAGCACGACCAAUGCAACAACCUCUCUCACACCACAGAGCACAAGGUCAACAGAAAAAACAUUCACCAUUCCUGUGACGGAUUCAAUCAAUGGGAUUCCAGGAAUAGAUGAGGUUAUGAAGACUACCAAAAUCAUAAUUGGUUGUUUUGUGGCAAUCACUCUCAUGGCAGCAGUGAUGUUGGUCAUUUUCUACAAAAUGAGAAAACAACAUCAUCGGCAAAACCAUCAUGCUCCAACACGAACUGUGGAGAUCAUUAAUGUGGAUGAUGAGCUUACAGGUGACACACCCAUAGAAAGUCAUUUGCCCAUGCCAGCAAUAGAGCAUGAGCACCUAAAUCAUUAUAACUCUUAUAAGUCUCCUUUCAACCACACAACAACAGUUAACACAAUAAAUUCAAUACACAGUUCAGUGCAUGAACCAUUAUUGAUCCGAAUGAACUCAAAAGACAAUGUGCAAGAGACUCAGAUCUAAAACAUUUACAAAUUUAAGGGGAAAUUUAAAACAAAAAGACGGUUUAUUAAAAAAAAUGACACAAAUGACUGGGCUAAAUCUACUGUUUCAAAAAAGUGUCUUUACAAAAAAAGAAAUUUAUUUAUUAAAAAUUCUAUUGUGAGCGAAAGCAGGCAAAAUUAUGUGUAUUCCUCAGAACCUCUUUUUGCUGCACUUAUUUUCCCUACUUCUUCCCCUUCCCCUUUCUUCUUCUCCUGUCCUAACCCCAUUUGCCAUAUUUUUCAUAGAACAACUUGAUUCUCUAAAGAACUGGUCUAGGAAAUUUUGUAAGAAUUCUGUUAACGCUUUGGGAAUUUUUAUGGUGAAUUCUAGUGGUGAGAUUCGGUCUAUUUUGUCUUUUUUCAUUUCAUUUUCUUCUCAUGCCCUUUUUGAAAUGGUUCAACAGGGAAAAAUGGAUGUUAGCAGUAGCUUCAUGAGAACAAUCAAGGAAAAAAACAACUCUUUUCUUUUUAAAAUUUUUCACAUAACCACCUGUUCUGUAUUUCCUGAAAGGACCAUGCUGUGGAAGAAGAAAAAACAAAUCCAAGAAAUUAAUUUUCAUGUCAGCAUCUAUAAAACCCAUGAUCUUUUAAACAAUUCUAGAACCAGGAUUUGUAGUUCAAACACUAAAAUAAGAUUAUAAAUAAAAUAUUGUUGGGUUUUUUUUCUGUA